CCUGCCCGUCGCCGUGAAUUCGCCAGCAGGAGCGCGCUCGCGGCCGCGCGUUCUCUGCUUUCCCGGCUCCGUCGCUGACGCGUCGUAGACGUUGGGGAGCGGGAGGCAGCGGCAGCGGGGUCGGGAUGAACAGCGGCGGCGGCUUCGGUUUGGGCUUGGGCUUCGGCCUCACCCCUACGGCGGUGAUUCAGGUGACGAAUCUGUCGUCGGCGGUGACCAGCGAGCAGAUGCGGACGCUUUUUUCUUUCCUAGGAGAAAUCGAGGAGCUGCGGCUCUACCCCCCGGACAACGCGCCUCUUGCUUUUUCUUCCAAAGUAUGUUAUGUUAAGUUUCGUGACCCAUCAAGUGUUGGCGUGGCCCAGCAUCUAACUAACACGGUUUUUAUUGACAGAGCUCUCAUAGUUGUUCCUUGUGCUGAAGGUAAAAUCCCAGAGGAAUCUAAAGCCCUCUCUUUAUUGGCUCCUGCUCCAACCAUGACAAGUCUGAUGCCUGGUGCAGGCUUGCUUCCCAUACCGACCCCAAACCCCUUGACUACACUGGGUGUUUCCCUUAGUAGUUUGGGAGCUAUACCGGCAGCAGCACUAGACCCCAACAUUGCAACACUCGGAGAGAUACCACAGCCACCACUUAUGGGAAAUGUGGAUCCUUCCAAAAUCGAUGAAAUUAGGAGAACAGUCUAUGUUGGCAAUUUGAAUUCCCAGACAACAACAGCUGAUCAACUACUUGAAUUUUUUAAACAAGUUGGAGAAGUGAAGUUUGUGCGGAUGGCAGGUGAUGAGACUCAGCCAACUCGGUUUGCUUUUGUGGAAUUUGCAGACCAAAAUUCUGUACCAAGGGCCCUUGCUUUUAAUGGAGUUAUGUUUGGAGACAGGCCACUGAAAAUAAAUCACUCCAACAAUGCAAUAGUAAAACCCCCUGAGAUGACACCUCAGGCUGCAGCUAAGGAGUUAGAAGAAGUAAUGAAGCGAGUACGAGAGGCUCAGUCCUUUAUCUCAGCAGCUAUUGAACCAGAGUCUGGAAAGAGCAAUGAAAGAAAAGGCGGUCGAUCUCGUUCCCACACUCGUUCAAAAUCCAGGUCUAGCUCAAAAUCCCAUUCUAGAAGGAAAAGAUCACAGUCAAAACACAGGAGUAGAUCCCAUAAUAGAUCACGUUCGAGACAAAAAGAUAGACGUAGAUCUAAGAGCCCACAUAAAAAACGCUCUAAAUCAAGGGAGAGACGGAAGUCAAGGAGUCGUUCGCGUUCACGGGACAAGAGAAAAGACACCCGAGAAAAGAUCAAGGAAAAGGAAAGAGUGAAAGAAAAAGAUAGAGAAAAGGAAAGGGAUAAAGAGAGAGACAGGGAAAAGGAACGUGAAAAAGAAAAGGAACGGGGUAAAAACAAAGAUAAAGAGCGAGAUAAGGAUCGGGAAAAGGACAAGGAUCGGGAUAAAGACAAGGAGAAGGACAGAGAGAGAGAGCGGGACAAAGAGCAUGAAAAGGAGCGAGACAAAGAGAAGGAAAAGGAGCAGGACAAAGAAAAGGAACGAGAAAAGGACAGAUCCAAAGAGACAGAUGAGAAAAGAAAGAAGGAUAAAAAGUCCAGAACACCACCCAGAAGUUACAAUGCGUCAAGAAGAUCUCGUAGUUCCAGCAGGGAAAGGCGUAGGAGAAGGAGCAGGAGUUCUUCCAGAUCUCCAAGAACAUCAAAAACCAUAAAAAGGAAAUCUUCUAGGUCUCCAUCCCCUAGGAGCAGAAAUAAGAAGGAUAAAAAGAAAGAAAAAGAAAGGGACCACAUCAGUGAAAGAAGAGAGAGAGAACGUUCAACCUCUACAAGAAAGAGUUCUAAUGACAGAGAUGGGAAGGAAAAGUUGGAGAAGAACAAUACUUCACUUAAAGAGAAAGAGCACAAUAAAGAACCAGAUUCAAGUGCGGGCAAAGAAGUAGAUGACAGAGAUGCAGCAAGGACUGAGGAAAACAAAGUACAGCAAAAUGGAAAUUGUCAGCCAAAUGAAGAAAACCUCUCUACCAAAACAGAAGCAGUAUAGGACUGAUAAACACACCUCUAAACAUGCGCUGGAAUAAAAUCCAAAGCUUUUAAUUCUCUCAACAAGACGUUAAACAGUGAAGAAAUCCAGUUGAGCAUAAAGAUACGAGCUAACAACUUUUCUAGUUGUUAGGUGACUUUGUGGCCAUCUUGUUGCAGAGUAAGAAAAUAAAGCAUGGACAUCAUGAAAAUAACAGAUGUUACCGAAACUCCUCAUCUUCUAAAAUCUGUGCAUUUCCAUGGUGGCUGACACACUUGUCAUGUGGUUUGUUAGUGUUUGCCAAGAACCAUUACAAAGAAAUGGGACAUGGAAGAUUCAAAUUUGUACUGUCCCUCAAGACUGAAGAUAAGCAUUGGAGGCUCUUUAAAAAAAAAUGCUAGUUACUGAAUCUUAUAUUGUUUUACUUUUUUUUUCCCCCCAAAUUUCAUUAUAUACAGAUUGAUGAAUGAUGUGCUUGAAAUUGGUGCAAAUAUAUACACACCCUUGUAAGUGCAGAGUAUGUAAGAAGUUUUAACAUUUACUUCACAGGAUUUACAGUGAUUGUGUUAAAUUCUCACUAUUGUGUUUUCUUUUGCUCACUGUUUAGGACAGAAGUUUUUCUUUAAAAUAGUUUUACAGAUUAAAAUUGCUUAACUAAGUGGAUUAAAAAAGACUGACAAUGCAUGCUACUGUUCUCUUUUACAAGGAAGAGCAACUGUGUUGAAUACUAAUAAUAAUGUAUUAGUAUUCAGUGUUUAGAAUCAUUGGGUCUCCCCACAAAGUAAGCAUUUCUUUUUGAACUUUCUUGACAUUUCCAAGCUUAUUAUGAAUAAUAUUGCAAUGUGUGUUGUCAGCUGUAGGUGGCAAAGGUGACAUUAUAAAAAGAAAACUGGGUUUUCAAAAUGGGCUAUGGGAGCACAAGCUGAAGCUUUAGUGCCUUCUACAAUGUGGUGUACUGUUUUCUAGAAUUUUAUAUGUGCUAGUCCUUCUCAAUUCUUAUGGAAUUUAGAUGGUUAUUCCAUUCACUCCCAUAGAGAAAUGUGCAAGUGGUGUGUCAGAAGAGCUUCUUACUUAGUUCACCUAACAUGAGAGGGAAGUCCUAUUUUCAGGAAUGAUUUUAGAGCUUAAAACAACAAUGCAGUUUUGGGACCAUCAGUUUUAUACUGUGAUAAUUGAAAAUGAAGCAUGUUCUUAUUUUACUUAAAGCAAACUCUUUAGUUGUCUACAUUGGAUGGCCUUAUUACCUCUCAAUCAUCUUCUCAUAAAUGAUGUGCAGAAAUUAUACUUAAAGGAGAAUAUAUGAGGUUAUUUGUUUUAUGUUUAAGGAUAUGUUUACUUGAGUUUAAAAUAUAGGUCAUCCGUCAUUCUUAGGCUCACUUUUUGCAGAAAGUAUAUAAGUAGUAAAAUGACAACAUUGCUAAUAUUUUUGCCCAAAACCGUAACUCAUAGUUUCAGAACUCUUUCAUUGUUGUUAUAUUUCCAAAAAAAUUAUACCUUUUAAUUAGCAUGUUAUUAAAAAAAUCAAGUAUAAUUAUUUUAAUGCAAUCUAAUACAAUCAAAUUACUCAGUUGCCUUACCUCAUGGGAAGAGUUACUUAUAGAUUUGAAAAGCUGAGUAGCACAUCAGUUACUUGGUAUCAUUUGAGUUUUCUUUUAAUGUUAAUACUGUUGAAACUUAAGUAUUUGGUGGAGAAUGGAAAGAGUUGCCCUUAUUGCAAGUAAUGAAGCCUGGUUUGAUUAUGAAGCUGCUUAAUUACUCUUCAUGUUUUCAGAAUUACUGUUUUUUUUUUCCUUUUUGUCACUGUGUACAUUAAAAUUUUUGAAAAUGCUUUACUAUGUAAAGUAUAGAUGGUCAUUUUAAUCAUUCAACCACAUACGGUUGGCUGGUAAACAGCUUAUUCUGAUACAAGAAUGCCUGGGUGCAUAUGGGAAGAUUGUGAAGGAGUGUGUGUCUCACAUCAACAGCUGUCUUAUUUAUGAUAUGUAAGUAGAAUAGAGCAAAUGUUGUUUGAAUCUUUGUUAUUUUUAGUACCAUUCUCUAAUAAAGCUAAGUAUUUUA